AUGGAGGCCUUAUCACCGCGCUCGACAAAUCAAAUGAUAAAGCCAAAAGUUCAUAUGGAGCGCAAAAUGGGGGAAAGACAUGGAGUGGCCAACGCCGCGCCGAAAACUUCCUCAAGCUCCAAGAAUCAUGCCGACCCGCCCCCUGCGAUGGUACCAGAGCCGGACGAAGGUGGAGAGCGCUACUCGAUUGGUGGAUUUCUGGGAAAAGGGGGAUUUGCCGUCUGCUAUGAAGGAACUUUGGCGCGAAACGGUCGUGUAUUCGCGAUGAAAGUUGUCAAGUCACAAAUGCCGCAGAAGAAGAUGGAGGAGAAGUUCCGAACAGAGCUUCAAAUCCACUCAAAAAUGCGCCAUCCAUUUAUUGUCCAGUUUUAUCGUGCAUUCGCAUUCGAACAGAGCACAUACGUCGUACUCGAAUUAUGUCCCAAUGGAUCGGUAAUGGAUAUGGUUCGGAAAAGACGAUUCCUCACGCUGCCGGAAGUAAGAAGAUUCAUGAUUCAGCUUUGUGCGGCAGUGAAAUAUCUGCAUAAAAGAUUUGUUGCGCAUCGCGAUUUGAAGAUGGGCAAUUUGUUCCUUGACCAUAACAUGAAUCUGAAGGUCGGAGAUUUUGGCCUGGCUGCGAUGAUACUGUCAGACAAAGAUGCAAAGCGAAGAAACACGCUCUGUGGAACACCAAAUUAUAUUGCACCGGAGGUUCUUGAUAAGAGCAAAGGUGGUCAUACUCAGAAGGUGGAUAUCUGGUCAUUAGGCGUCAUUUGUUUUGCGAUGUUAACCGGAUACCCACCAUUCCAAUCAAAAACCCAGGAGGAAAUUUACAAGAAAGUGAGGAACCUCACAUACGUCUGGCCCAAGGAACCGGAAAACAACUUCAUUCCCGAGGAGGCGAAAGACUUGGUCAGCGCAUGCUUGAAUCUAGUAGACGAGGAGCGACCAGAUCCUGACGAUAUCGUGGAGCAUCCUUUUUUUAACAUGUAUGACGGAUGUAUUCCUCGUCAAUUGGAUCCAUCUUGUCGAUUCAAUAAACCCAUCUGGCUCAAGGACCAGGCGCCGCGCGGUGAUUGUAUGGUUCACGGCUACGGCUUGGAUUCAGAUGACAAAUUACGUGCCUAUGUAUACCAAGUUGAUGACCCUAGCCAACGAUACCAUUCCUGCAGGGCCGCUUUCUAUUCUCUGUGUGGAGUAGGCCGGAAACCCGACGGAACCGCUCGGAAAUCAGUUGGCCGCAACUGCUCCAAAUCGGCCUACUCAGAGUGCGACACAGAGGAUUCACGAGGACUGCGACCCAUGGUUCCGUUGCCCAUGGGUUUUGUUUACCGAUGGCCUCAUGAUUUUGAGGGGGACUGGUGCUUGCUGGAGAACUCGAAGAAAGCAAUCCGCUCAGAAGAGCCUGGGUUAGACAGCAGCAUCUUGUCAAAAUCAGCGCAUCCCAACACACUUGCUGCGUCUCGAACCAAUGCUGCGCUUGCGGCUGCCCAGCAGCGAAGACUAGAGUCACAAAACCAUGCCGCAACUCUUCGUCAACAAGCUCGUCCAGGAAUGAGCCCUGCCCGCAAGGCCCCUGGCAUCGCCGAUCCCUUGGAACCACCUACUGGACCAUACCUGCAUGCUAGAGAGCCUGAUAUUGCUCCAUCGUCUCGCCACAAUGCCGCUGCUGGUGGACUCGCCGAGCGCCCGAUCCGUACGCGCAGAAUGGCUUCCACUUCACAUGCCCCGUCAUCGCGAGAUGUUGAAAAGAACGUCAUUCCUCAGCUGGCAAAGUCGACAAGCAUGCCGUCUGGUCUGACGAUUGGAAAGACACGAUCCCAAUCUCGGAAGUUGGAGGCUGCCAACCAGGCUCCAUCGACAACCAACGACGCCAAACUGUCUGCAUUACCGGAAGAGCAUCGUGUGUUGAGCCGACAUACCUCAUUGCGAUCCUCCUCCCGUAAAGAUCUGAGAAUUGUCGCAGAGAAGGUUGAAAGGCCCAAAGCCAGUCCCACCGAAGAGGGAUUCCCACUCAAUCAGCAAGCCAGACCAGUUGCGCAGCCCAACGGUCUUGGCCGGGCGGACAGUAAAUCUAACAAGGCACGGUCCAGUCUCGGACUGAGUCCGAUUUUCCACGCAGAUGAUGCUUGUGAUGAUCUUCCAGGGACUGCGCUGGCGGAUGUAAACACGAAUUUGCGCCUUAUGCUGUCCAACCUGGUCAAUCAUGGCCCCACCCGGCGCCGAGUCGGUUCCAGAAAACAACCGCACGCCUAUGUCAUUAAGUGGGUCGAUUAUACUAACCGAUACGGGAUUGGAUAUGUUCUGGACGAUGGCAGUGUCGGGUGUGUCUUCAAAGGUGAAAAUGGCCAGCCGGCGACCAGUGUUGUGGUCCGAGAUGGCGAGCGACACAUUCGGCGCAAGGCGCGAAGCGUUGACACUGCCGAGGGAAAGGGUAUUCCCUAUUCUGAAGCAGACCAGUAUGUCCCUCGCACCGGGGAGCCGAUUGAAUUUUAUGAAAACCGUGAUGAUAGCUUGCUCGGCUGUCGUGGUAUUCGGCGGGCAUUGGUAUCUUGCUCUCUCUUUGACGCAAGCAAUCCGAAAGUCAUGAAGUUGCGGACCAACUCGGGAUCUGAGUGUGAACGAUCCGAUGCAGAGAAGAUCAAACGUGUCAAGUUGGUUGACCAGUUCGGCAAGUACAUGAUCGGAUCACUUGGUCGCCACGGUGAUGAAGGGAUAACCGAUGACGUGCCCACCCGUACCGGUACUCAGUUCAUCAAGUUCUACCAGCGCCUGGGCAAUGUUGGCAUCUGGGGGUUCGGAGAUGGUGCUUUUCAGUUCAACUUCCCGGACCAUACAAAGCUCGUGAUCUCGCCUGGUCGGACCCGCAGCUCCUCCCCAUGGAUCGACUUCUAUCACCUGUCGCCCUCCGCAGCCCGUUACUUUACUGCCAAGGGCAAGAUGCACCCGUCCGGCUUCGACACUCGCGCGGUCGCGUCCGACGAGGCAGCAACUUUCAUCAGCAUUGCGAGCGGCGAGUCGAUCAAUUCGGUUGAGGACCGCAUCCGGGAGAUUCUAGAAGCCAAUUCGUUUGCGAAAAAGAUCAGCUUCAUCAAAGACGUGUUGAAGGGAUGGAUCAAGUACGGUCGGCUUGGCGGUCGCCCAUCGCCUCCUCGUUCUGCGACUGGCGAAGACUCCGUGCCGCCUGAAAUGUUCUGGCAGGGGACGCAGGAGCGCCCCGCCGCCGGAAGCCAGGGGAUUAAAUUUGUUUGGGUCACGGUUGGCGCGCCCGAUGGCGACGGCGAGUAUCGGUCGGUGUUGAUGAAAGACAGUGACCGCGAGAGGAGCGAGAAACGGACUGCCAUGGAUUACGAUCGCGAAAUGGAUAUGCUCAAGGAGCGACUGCGUGUCAUGGGCCGUGAGUAA